UAUCCUUAACAACAGACAAUGACGACUCAAACGAACGCCAGUGUUGCCGGAAACCUCUCCAAGAUCAUAGUAGUCGGCGCUGGACCGUCCGGACUUUUGCUAUCGAUCCUAUUAGCAAAACAUGGAAUCAACGUGGAACUACUUGAAGCCACCGAAAGAUUGGACGAACAACCCCGAGCCGCCCAUUAUGCCUCUCCCGCCGUAUACGAGCUUCGUCGUGCGGGUGUCAUUGACGAUGUGAUUGAAAGCGGUUUCAAACCAACAUCGGCAUGUUGGCGCAAAGCCAACGGGGAAAUUAUUGCCGGAAUGAGAUUUGACGUUGUUCCUGAUGACCCUGAGCGGAUGGUUGUGUUACCCCUGGAUCGACUAGGCAAGCUGUUGUACGCCCACCUUCAACGGCAACCACUAGCAAAGAUCUAUUGGGGACAUCGUGUUACCGAAAUCGGCGAGGAGAACGGAAAAGCUUGGGUGAAUGCCGAGACUGCGUCUGGGCCGGUCAAGUUUGAGGGCGAUUAUGUUGUGGGAGCCGACGGCGCAAAUAGUACGAUUCGAAAGCUGUUGUUUGGACCGAAUAGCUUCGAGGGGGAGACGUUGAACGCAGCGAUUAUUGCUACUAAUGUCAUACAUGACUUUACCAAGUAUGGAUAUUGGGACACGAAUUAUAUCGUGGAUCCCAAAAAUUGGCACAUGGUUGCAAAGAUUGGACGAGACGAUCAUUUGUAUCGAGUGUCAUAUAGCGAGGUGCCUGGAUUGACACCAGAGGAAUAUAAGAGGCGACAGCCAAACCGCUAUAGAGAGAUAUUGCCAGGAAACCCUGAGCCUUCCGAAUAUACCAUCACCAAUAUCAACCCAUACAAGUUGCAGCAACGAUGUGCACCUUCAUUCCGCAAGGGGAAAUUUGUGUUGAUGGCCGAUGCUGCACAUGUUUGCAACCCAUUCGGUGGCCUUGGUUUGACGGGAGGUAUUGCAGAUUUGGGAAGUCUGUUUGACUGCCUGUAUGGAAUACAUCAAGGCCUCGCUGAUGAUGGUAUCCUCGAUCGAUAUGCCGAAAUCCGUCGAAAGAUAUACCGCGAAGUUAUUAACCCCCUGUCGAGAGAGAACUUCCGCCGGCUCUGGGGUCAGGAUCCUGAUAAAGCAAAGGAGAAUGACGAGUUCUUCAAAUUACUUAAUAGAGCUGAGACGGAUAAGGAAUUGGCAAAGGAACUUACCUUAGGCCUGAAUAUUCUUCGACAUGACUUCACCCAGUACUAUAAGAAAGAUGUAUCAAGCUGA